AUGCCCGAGUCGUCUCCGUCAUCCCGUCGCCCAUCGACACACUCGAACGGGGCCGACCAUGAUCGCGUUGCGGUCCUGAGUCCGACCCUCCAGAUCGCACGAUCGACCUCUCCACUCCCGAUCGUUGGGACCGACAUAUCCCGCCUCAAGAUCGUCAAUCGAGAUGCCGGGCAAAUACCACCGCCGGCCGGGUGGAAUCUCGGCCCUUGCUAUAAAGAAGACGGGUUGCGCCACCCUAGAAACGGACCCUAUAGCCGCAACAACACGGGCGAUUCCACCGUUCUGUCCAACGAGCACUCAUUCAGCUCGUCCCGGGAGGACUCCGACGACACUGACUCCGACGACGGCUACUAUUCACCAUCGACAGUGGGUUGGAGACGCCCACCACCACCCCAGCCGUUGCUGUCGCGCGGCAACCCUCGCUUCGUUCCACCACCACCACCAUGGCACCCGCCACCAUGGCACCCGCCGCCUGUUGGGCCGACCAGCAGACGGCCGCCGAUCCAGCAUUUUCGGCGCCCAGACCCAGCCUAUUCUGAUUCAGGGUCGGAAGACUCGGAUGAAGCAACCAGGAGCCUGCCCAGCGAGGACGGGCGGCGCAACGAGCUUCAGGAAUUGCUCGACGCCCAACAACAGCGCAUCCGGCAGCUGAGACGUCAGAUUGCCGGCAAACGAAUGGAACUCCGGGGACUCAGGCGCCGAAAGGACAACACAGACAACUCCCUGAUGCAAUUCUUUCGGCCACACCUAGCGUCAAAGAACGGGGUUGCCGUCAUUCCCAUAGAUGCCCUCGAGGCCAAAAUCGGCGAUAUGCAAGAUGUUCGAAACGAAUACUACACGGCCGAAAUCGCUUUCGAAGCUAUGGAGUCGGAGCUGGAAAUGGAGGAGAUCAAGCUCCAAGAGUUGGAGGAUAGGCCAUCUCGGUCACCCUUCCGCCGGGUAGACAUGAUCCCAAAGAUCGAGCUGCCACCGCCACCGCCGACUAUGCGGGGAACGGCAAUCAUGGAGGCCGAGGAACAAGACGGUUCCAGUGACGAGGAUGAUGACUCUGCGCCGCCAACCCCUGUAACCCUCCUAGGGAUAUCAGGGCAACUACACGAGGACGUCCAUCCCUUGUACCAGGAUCUGUUGGAGGCGGCCGCCGACCGCAAGCUUGCCAAGGAGGACGUGGAGGACCUCGUGGUGCGCCGCGAGAAGAUACUCUACGACCUCGAAAUCGAACUCCACCGGAAACGUGUGCGUGAGAAUCAAGGUAACCAAAUUAGCGAGGAGGAUCUCCUCUCCCUGCGCUCCUCGCUGGCCCAAGUCCCCACCGACGCCGCCGAAUUCGAACACCUCUUCGGCAUCACCAUCACCGAGGACGAACUCGAAUUCCUCCGCAACUACGACUCCGCCUUCCAGCGCGCCCGUACGGAACUCGACUCGGCCACCGAAACUCUAUCCCGCCUCCGCGCCCUCUGCAUCAAAAAGGGCGUCAUGCGCAAACACGCCUCCUACCACGAAGAGCUAGACAUCUACUCCAGCUCCCCAGACUGGGUCCCUUCCCCGCAAGACGGCAACAUGGCCCUCGACCCCCCUCCACCGCCACCACCACCACCUAACAGCAACAGCAACCACCACCACCACCGCCACCCGCACGCGAACCCCCCUUCGUUAGCGCACCCGCGCUUCCCCAUCCUGCUCUCCAACCCCUCGCACGUGCUCUCACAACUCACACCACGCCAGGCCCUCGAGCGGGCGCUAAGACUGCCCAAGGACGACGCGGGCAGCGCGCUGCGGCGGGCCGCGUGCAUCAAGGAGCUGGGCAUCAGCACGCUCAUGACCAAGGCCGACAGCAAGCCCGACUACAUCAACCAGUGGCUGAUCCACCGCCUGCGCACCAGCCCCAUCGAGGCCGAGCUCAUGCUCGCCGUCUGCGAGGGCGUCUUCAGGGUCGUCAACCUCCGCCGCUGGCAGGAGGAGGUCCUGUACUACUGGCGCCGGGACGAGGCCGCGAACAUGGAGGCCGCGCUGUUCGAUCCGCCCGUGUCGCACCCGCCGGAUAGGGGGGGGCCGUUUGGAGUUGGAGUUGGAGUUGGGGGUGCGGGUGCGGGUGGGGCUGGGCCGGGGGCUAGUGCUGGGGGCCCGGCUGGUGGGGGUGUGCUGCUGCCUUCGCCUUUGACUUUUCGGGGUGGUGAUGGGGAUGAUGGGUUUGCGGGGAGUGAGGGCGGGGGGGUGAAUUCUGCUAUUGCGGAGGGGCAGACGGUCAGGAGUGAUGGGGGACGGGGGAUGGGCAGUCCGGGCGUGAGGCCCGAACGGUCGAGGUCAGUUUGA